CUUACUGUAUCACAAUAUCUUACUGUAUCACAAUAUCUUACUACAUCACAAUAUCUUACCUUAUCACAAUAUCUUACUCUUACUGUAUCACAAUAUCUUACUGUAUCACAAUAUCUUACUACAUCACAAUAUCUUACCUUAUCACAAUAUCUUACUGUAUCAGCAAUAUCUUACCAUAUCACAAUAUCUUAA